UCUUCUCGGCUCUCACCUGCUAGCAUGCUAAACAAGAUGUGGGCUGUGAGGCACUUUUCUUGCUUUUCCUUGAGGACUGAUAAAGUGUCGAGUGGGAUCUGAUGUGUGUGAGUGUGUGUCCGUGCUGGUUCAUCUGACUGAAGGAUGUAUCGUCUGCUGGUGGCCCAGGUUCUACUGGGCUGCUGGGUUGUGGCACAACCCUUCUGUCCUUCCCAGUGCACCUGUGUGUAUCACGGACGCAGCGAUGGCACUGGCAGCAGGUCUGUUCUAUGCAAUGACCCUGACAUGUCAGAUAUUCCAGUCAACGUCCCUGUGGACACGGUGAAGCUGCGGGUGGAGAAGACAGCUGUGCGUCGAGUGCCCACCGAGGCCUUCUAUUACCUGCCCGAGUUACGCUACCUGUGGAUAACAUACAAUUCAGUCACGUCUGUGGAUCCUGGCAGUUUCUACAAUCUGAAAGUUCUUCAUGAGCUACGGCUGGAUGGGAACAUGAUCGGUACCUUUCCCUGGGAGUCUCUGAAAGAGAUGCCCAGUCUCAGGACUUUGGACCUGCACAACAACCGCUUGACUAGUAUUCCUGUGGAGGCAGCACUUUACUUGGUUAACAUCACCUACCUAGACAUUUCUAGUAACAAGCUGACUACCCUUCCCUCUGACCUGGUGGACAUCUGGCCUCCAUUUUCAGGCAUCCUGCCCAGUGCCAAUGCAUCACAAAAGACUGUUCUUGGUCUACAGGACAACCCCUGGUACUGUGACUGUCGGAUUGCCAAGCUCAUUGAGUUGUCUAAAAUGGCCAGCAUACCUGUGGUGUUGAUGGAUCAGGUUCUGACAUGCAGUGGACCAGAGAACUUAGCUGGUGUUCUGUUCCAGCGGGCUGAACUUGAUCAGUGCAGCAAGCCAUCAGUUAUGACUUCAGCAACUAAGAUCACUUCACCACUGGGCAGCAAUGUGCUUCUGCGGUGUGAUGCCACUGGUUUCCCUACUCCCACCCUUCUCUGGACCAGAGCUGAUGGGACGACGGUCAAUGUCACAGUUGUGCAGGAAUCUCCAAGCGAGGGGGUCCGUUGGUCCAUCCUCAGUUUACACAGUAUCGUGUUUAAGGAUGCAGGCGAUUACCGCUGCAAGGCCAAGAACUUCGCAGGAAAUGCCGAGGCGUACAUCACCCUGUCUGUGGAUGGGGUGCAGGCCUCAACGCCAUCCCCACCGAUAAACAUAACCAAGCAGCCCAACGAUCAACCCAUGACUUCUUUUGCUGGGACUAAGAUGCCAUUGUAUACUACCUUAAGCCCUGCUCUCACAACCAGAGCUGCCAUGACCACAGUUCCACCACUGACAACCAGGAAGAGUCCGGGACCAGGUGGAGGAAUUCAGAGGUCUCCACCGGCUCUAGACAAGCCAGCUAAGAUCCAGCAAAGCAAGGGCGGCAAAGGUUCACUGACGAGUGAAAAGUCUAAAAAGAAAGCUGAUCUCAAAGACAUUGAGGUAGUGGAGGAGACAAGUGACACGGCGGUCUUACUGUGGAGAGCUGAAGGUUUGCCAAGCGACUCACCCUUAACAGUGUUCUACUUUCCAUACGGUGCAAAAGACGAUAAGGAGACGGUCGAUACGGAAGUUGGUCAAGGGAAGCUGCUCUUGGAGUAUCUGAUGCCUAACCAGGUCUACACGGUGUGUUUGGUUACUAAGGGUUCGGUGGCUGGGAAAGAGCAAUGUGUGGAUUUCACUACUCUGGAUAACGGUGGAGAAGAUGGGCAGAACAAAAUCCUGAUGAUCGCCAGUGGGAUCGCAUGCGCAGUCGCGGUGCCUCUCAUUGUGGUGUUGCUCUACAAGAUCGUAUGUCUCUGCUGUAAAGGAAACAGUAGCAGGAACAAUGGACAAGACGACGACCUUUCAAAAGAGACGUACGUAAAGUUCGAGACGCUCACUAUGAAACAAAGGACUUUGAACGGGCAGGCGAAUGAUCUUUGGGCACGAAGGCAGACUCAGGAGUCAGAGAGGAUGCUUCUGUGCUCACGGUCAAGCAUUGACUCUCAAAUGACGUACAAGAGUGACAGCUCUAGAUCCGAGUAUCUGUGCUAAUGUAUAGCAUAUCGGCUUUGUGUGUUACUUGGUAUUACUUGGUAUUAGACAAGCUGUGGCAACAUCUGUUUUAAAAGUUUAGCUCUUGAUACGCUGUCAAACUCGUUGCCUUACAAGACUUAUCUUGACCCACAAAUUGUCUCAUUGCCCAUUUUUUGAAAGUUAUAUUCUUCACCGAAUCACAGACAAUUCUGUAUUUGUUUUUUUUAAUGAAAUACAGUGUACAUAAAUGUAAACAUUGUGUAUUUUUGUGUACUUCAACAUAUGAUUAAGUAGAGUUACAUAUGAGCAGUGUUGGGGGUAAUGCAGUAACGUAAUC